AUGACGCAGGUUUCCCCAUCAUUUGACAAGCAGAUUUGCACUGUGCAUAUUAUUACAGAUCGAGCUCCAUUUUGUCCUCAUGGAGCGAUUGACGCGGGCUUGAUCCGUCUCUUCCAAAACGACUUCAAGUUGAGAAUAAAAACGUCAGUCAGCAUACCAAGACAAGAUUCAAUUGAACCAUGCGCCCCAAGAUCCGCUUCUGUCCAGAUGGCAAGGCCAGGGAAGGGCCAGUGA